UUUACAGUAUAUUAGCUUUAGAUAAAGUAUGUUUUACUCACAGGAAAUUUUAACGCGUCGAAAAGGUGGAUUAGGUGUGAUUUGGCUUGCAGCAACUCUUGGAUCUAAGUCAUCAUUUAAAAAGCUUCAGAGAAAAGAGAUUUUAUCAGUAAAUGUUCCUAAAGCUUGUGAAUAUUUGUCAGAACCCCCAGAACCUUUAGCAUUAAGGUUAUCAAGUAAUUUAAUGAUGGGAGUUACAAGAAUUUUUGAUCAACAGUAUGGGUUUUUCUAUACUGAUGUUCAAUUAACUCAUGCUAAAAUUCGUAAAGAACUUGCAACAAUAAGCCUUGAAAAAGCAAAUAUUGAUCUUCCAAAGACGAAGACAAGAACGGAUCUUUUUACCCUUGUAGAUGAUCCGGGAUUUAUGCCGGAUUUAAAUGAAUAUGGAAUGGAAACUUUAACACUACCAUGGCAUCCAGAAACGUCAUUUGAUAUAGAAAUUGGGGUUCAAGAAAGUCAUUCUAGCUCAUUUGAUCUUUCGACAACACCAGUUUCUUUCUCACAACAUACAUUGCCAAGAUCAUCCCUUUCAAUGAAUAAUCAUACUUCUAAGCUUGAUUUUUCAGGCUCAAUUUCACGUUCAGCUAUCAAUAUGAGUGGAUUGAUUGAAAGGGAUACUGAUAUUUUGGGAUCAAUGAACGGGGAACUUUCAUUUGACUUUGAAUUUGAUGCAGAGGGAGAAAUACGAAAGAUUGAGGGAAAACAAAGUGAUAUAAGUUCAUCAAUUCAGAAAAAAAGGAAUGAUGUGUAUAAAAUUGACUCAGAUGAAGGAGAAGAAACUGUAAGAUUUCAACAUGCAGAGGCUAAAAGGCGAAAGAAAUUUAAUCAUACAUUCGAAAAAACGCUGAUGGCUUAUGAGGAGGUAGAUGAGUCUAUGAUUGGUGAGCUUGCGGAGACAGAUUUUUUUGAUAGUAGAGAUCCAUCUUUUGUUCCUCAAAACAGGAACCAUGAAACUAGUUCAAAUACAUAUGAAGACGAUGAUCAACAGAGAAAAAAAAGAAAAUUUUUAGGAAUGAAGACGGAUAUACGUACAGAACUUCCCUCGGAAGAUUUGAUUUCAUGGCGUGACGAUUAUAUCAAAAACAUGGAAAAACAAUCUGCAAUAAAGACACGAAAACUUCAGGAAAAGGCUGCUCUUAAUAAUGUCCACUUUUUCGUUUGGAGUUUUUCAGAGGAAUUAAUGCAUCCUUCUUUAAAAGCCAUGUUUCUAGAUAAUCAAAAGCAAAAAUAUUCUCUCAAACAUAAAAAAAGAACCAAAAACGAACUUAAUGACGAACCUGCUGACAAUAUAGAUAGCUUAAACCAUCAACAAACAGAAAAAAUGCCUGCAAGCAUGAAUUCUUAUUUUGAAGAGGAAAUUGAGUUAGGACGUCAUAUUGAUGAAGAACUCACACGUCGUACAUCUUCUCUUAUGCCAUGGAAUCAAUCCCAUAUUUCUUCUCGUCCAGGAUCAGUAGGUCCGGGAAUGGCUUCUAUUUCUUUUGAUACACCUUCAGUAAGCGCUACUGGCCAUUUUUCUUCUACCAUAAGGAAAAACAAAUUAAUAGCAAGUCCUCUUGCUGAUACAUUGGAAGAUGUCAACAUCAAUAUAGGAGAAGAUAUAAUGGAAGACUUUGAAAUUUUUGAAGCUACAAAUCUUGACACUCAAACAAUAUUACAAGAUAGUCAAUCAACCAUUAUGGAAAAAGAGUCUUACAAUUUUCUAGAAUAUACACAAGCACGUAUUCAUCAAAAAGAAGGUUAUACAAUUACAUUUGAGGAACUAGUUCCUACAUCUAAUAGUUCUCGCUCAGUUGCAUCCCAAGCACUCUGCCAUGUAUUACUAUUAGCUUCUCGUAACAUUUUAACAGUUCAUCAAGCUAAACCUUAUGAAGAUAUAUGUAUCAAGCUUAGCUGA